GAAAAAUUUACGGUUAACGUCGAGUAUCCGUUCAAAUUCACGGAUCAAACACUUAGAUCCUACAGAAGCUGCGCUAACCCUACCGGCGCUCGACAGACAAUCACAUAUCAAAAUGAUUACUCAUUUGGUGCCCAAUUUUACGCCAUGACGUGUCUUAUGUGCGCCGUAUACUCAAUGGCCGCACUCGUACUACACGCGUGCGCUGGACGUCCAUUUUGGGCCACCAUUGACAUGAUUGGCACCAUUAUGUUGACCAUAGUUUGUCCGGUGGCUAUCACUGUAUGGGUUGUAACCGUACAUAAAAUACGUUAUUUUGCGAGUCCAAGUAAUUUGUGGCUAGGGCUGGAGUUUUGUAGUGAUCCCAAUACAGCCGAUAGCGCUAACCCUCGCGGCGAGUGCUAUGAGUCAAACCCCGGGAAGUGGACCAUGCUCAAUAUAUCACAAAUUUGUGGUUUUGUUAAUGUAUUCUUAUGGGCGCUGAGUGUGUGGUUUGUCUAUCGAGAGACUCAAUCCCGUGGCCAACAAGUGUCGGAUCAAAAGGUAGCGCCCGUUGGAGGCCGACCUAAGGCCUGGUUUGGAGAGCAAACACCGCAAUUGUCGCCACACAAGUUGGCCGCCGGGUAUUAGCCAAU